CUGGGAAUGACGUAGCCGCGAACCAAAACACACAAGACAAGACCCCGAGAUCAAAGUAAUGUGCCUUUCGGAUCAGGCAGCUUACCAGGACGAUUCUGAAUGCUAGAGAAUGAUCAAAAUGUGUGACGAAUUUCCUCCCGUGGAAACGAGUCAUGAAACCAUGGCCCGCACGGCGAUACCCCGGAUCGCCCAAAUCCUAAGCAAGCAAGCAAGCACUGACCCCUCACCAUCCCUCCAAGAUUUUGACUUUCCCCCCCAGCCGCCCAUCGCCGAGCACACGACCAAACACUUGGUCAACCCUCGUUUUCCAGCAACUCUUCGGCUGCGGUCUCUCUCUAUCUCUUCCAAUUCAAAUCUCAUCACCACCAAACCUCCCAUCUGCCUCCAGCAUCCCCAACCGCCCAUCUCUCUCUCCCUCCCCUGACAUCAUGGCGUCGAGCGACCCCGCCUCGUCCAAGUCGUACUCGACGGACCCCGCACUCUACAUCUACACAUCGCUGACGGCCGGGUCGUCGCACAUAGUGACGGCAACGUCGCGUCUCGAGACCAUCCUGCGCGCCAACCGCGUGCCCUUCAAGGCCAUCGACCUCGCCACCGAUGAGAAGGCCCGCAUGCUGUGGGGCAGGCGCGCCGGCAAGGACGAGUCCGGCCGCGUGAGGAAGCUGCCCGGUCUGGUGCAAAUGGGGUUGAUCCUCGGUGAUCUCGUUGAGAUUGAAGACUGGAACGAGUACGGCGAGCUCAAGCAGCACGUAACCAUCUACUACGACGAGUUCACCCAGCCUUCCAUCACCGAGGCCCCCAAACUACCCACACCAUUCGCAGCCAAGCCCGCGACCGUCCCCUCGGUCACGAACACGGCAGCGCCAGCAGCACCGGCAGCCCCCGCCGGCGCCGCGGCAGUGGCCGCGGCAGCCGCGCAAAAGGCCUCCACCCAGAAGCAGGGUGAAGGGGCCAACAAGCAGCAGCCCGAAGCCCCCGCCAAGGUGACUAUGCCAAUCCGCAGCAUCGCCGAGGAGGCCGCCGCGAAGGCGAAGCAGGUCCACCUGCAGAGCCUGCGGAAUAAGGUCUACGGCAAGGGCAAGGGUCCCGGGGAGGGGCCGGGGGAGGGGGAGACGUCGACCAAAGCGGUGGAAACUGACGGUGCUGAUGCGGAUAAGGAUAAGGACGACAAGCCGCAGGACGACAAGCCGGCGCUGGCGGCUGCCGUGGCUGCGGUUGCGGGGGUGGUAGCGGCAACGGUCGCAGGAGGAGGUGCGGGAGAGGAAGGAGGAGCAGGAAAAGAAGAAGAAGCCGGCGCAGACAAAGAACCCCGCGAGGAGGCCACAACCGCCGCAGCACCGUCGACGCCCCCCCCCGCGUCGGCGCCAGCAUCAGCAUCGGCGUCGACAUCGUCUCUGCCCCUGUCCCUGUCCUCGAGGGCGGCGGGCCUGCAGUCGCCGACGACGGGGACCUGGGCGGACGGCGCCGCCGGCGGGGUACCGCUGCGGACGCUGCAGUCGCCGACCACGACGAGCUGGCGCCCCACCGACGUCGAACCGCCCGUCACGUCGUACAGGGGAUCCGUGGUGUCCAGCGCGUCGGCCGACGAGAUCGAGGCGGUCGAGAGGGCCGAGAUGAUCAAGGAGGAGGACGAGCCGGAAGAGGACGAGGACGAGGGGGAUCGUGCUCGGGGGACAUCAGGGGCGAAGAAUUGAGUUUUGUGUCUUUUUUUUAUCGGCUUGGAUGGUCGGUCCCUGGGGGCAGGCGAAAUGGAGUGAAGGAGCCUGACAGCAUCACUGUAUGAUUGCUGGUGAAUGCUACCGGUAGAGAUAAAUUAGAUGAGGUUAUGGCAGCAAACCACCAGAUUCGAAGUGAAAUUUGGAUACUGGAUAAUUCAUCUUUUUAUAUUCGGCACACGCGAUAUACAUGUUU